GGAACCCAAAAUCCGCAGCAUCCACUGACUUCCUCUGUUCUCUUUCUCCUACCGCUUCGUGGCUUCCCUGCUUCCGCUCCAAUGGCGUCUCUCCUCUUGGUCCCGCGCCUCACCCGGAGCCCAUGUUCCAACCCAGGACCCAGUGCCGGUCACAAGCCUAGGCCCGUGUCCAUCACCUGCGGGCCGCGCGACAACCGCGGGCCCCUCCAGCGCGGCCGCUCCCUCUCCACGGAGGCCAUCCUGGCGAUCCAAUCCCUGAAGCGCCUCACCUCCGCCGACCGCUCGCCGGCGGCUGCCUCGGCCGCAGCAGCCACCGCCCUGGGCCGCCUCCUCAAGGCCGACCUCGUGGCCGCCAUGGCCGAGCUCCAGCGGCAGGGCCACUGGUCCCUCGCCCUCGCCGCGCUCCACAUCGCCCGCGCCGAGCCCUGGUACCGCCCAGACCCGGCGCUGUACGCCACCUUCGUGUCCUCCGCGCCGCACUCGCCCUCCGGCGGCGAGGGAGACGCCGAGGCCGCCGUUGACGCGCUCGUGGAGGCGUUCCUGGAGGAGAAGGCGAGCGGCGGCGGGUUCGUGGACGGGGAGGAGGACGUGUACAAGCUCACGAGGCUGCUGCGCGCGCUGGUGGCCAAGGGCAGGGGCCGCGCGGCGUGGAGGGUGUACGAGGCGGCCGUCAGGAAGGGAGGCCUCAACGUGGACGCGUACGUGUACAGGGUGAUGGCGCGGGGGAUGAAGCGGCUGGGCUUCCAGGAGGAGGCGGCGGAGGUGGAGGAGGACUUCGCGGAAUGGGAGACCACGGUCUCACCGCCCGCCAGGGACGUGCUCGACGAAAUGCGAGCAAGAGACGAGAUCAAAACCACUGCUGCUGCCUCCUAGUCCUAUAGCCCACCAGGGUUUUUUUAGCUGAUAAAUGGGUUUGGUUGGUGCUAGAAUUUGUCAUGCUACUGCAACAACGGUGAUACUGAUACGUCUUCUUUAGAAAUCAUACGGCCAUUAGGCCACUAACAGAAAGUGUUUUAGCGGUUGACCAUCGCAAUUGCAGGACAUACACCCUUACAACUAGGUGUUGCCGCAAUCUGUUCAAAUUUCAAAUUUGGAUUGUCAAAUGGUUGCUAUAGAAAGAGAACAGCAGGGUUAUUUAUUUC